UAUGUGUGUGUGUGUGUGUAGGUGUGUCGUUCUGUGCGAGGUGUGCGUCUCACCAGCUGUAAAAGUGCGAAGGACCGCACGGCGAUGUCAGUGACUCUGGAGCAGUGUGUGUUACUGAGAGAGAGACACACACUCUGCAACACACACUUCAGCACCGCGCUGCACUGCAUGAGGAGGUCCAGGGUGUUUUGGGGGGAGACUCUGGGCUGUUUCCCCCCCUCAGACCCCGGCUCUCAGGCCUGUAUGGCCCCUAAACCUCCCAGAAGGCACCUGUACCCAGUGGCCUUCCUGCUGGUUUCCUCUCACCUGCUGGUCGUCUGGCUCAUCUUCAGCCUCGUGCUCAUGCUCAACAAAUACCAGUAGACCC